AAUAGGUGCGAUACCUGAUGGAACAUUUUGAGGUUAGAUUUUUAAUGUCAACGGCGUGGCGACGCACGCGGUCGACGAACUGUGAUUUACCACAAGUAAAAUAAAAACUCGGCUUUAACAUGAGUCGCAAAAUAAAAUUUCGAGAUGCUGAUGAAAACUUGUAUGGCUUCGAAACUGGCGACGUUUCAGAUUCAGAGGAGGAGUAUUCCAAGGAAGACAAACGACUGUUGGAGAAAGUUCGGAAAAAAAGAACAGUAGACAAUUAUGACAGUGAAGAUGAAGUCUAUGGACUUCAUGCUGACGAGGAUGUGGACAACGAUGAUGAUGACGAUGGAUCAGAUUCUAUGAAAUCCGACAUCGAAGGUUUGCAGGAGGAUGACGAUUUGCCUAACGAAAAAGCUUGGGGAAAUAAAAAGAGCAGGUUCCAUUCUACUGAUUAUGUCGACCAGGAUUACGCUUCGACUAAUCAGCAGGAUUUGGAGGCUGCAGAACUUGAAGAACAGGAAGCAAGAAAUAUUCAAAAAAGAUUGGCAGAACAGCUGGAUGAUGCUGAUUUUGGAUUGGACCUACUUGAGACUAAACAAGAUCAGGAAGAGAAUGAAGAUUGUCAACAGACAGUGAAAACCGAUUUAAGCAAACUCACUAAAAGGGAAAAGCAGGCGUUGUUUAUGAAAGAGAGUCCUGAAUUUACUGGGCUUGUAACGGACUUGAAAGAAUGCCUGACCGAAGCACGAGAUAUUCUAGAACCAUUUUUAAAGUUAAUUAAAAAUGGUAAAUUCUCGGAGUCUGCCGGCUUAACAUUUGUCAGGACCAAGUACCAUGUCAUUCUGAACUACUGCACCAACAUACUAUAUUAUCUGAUGCUGAAAGCAGAUAGAGUACCUGUUAAUUCGCAUCCAGUUAUCAAAAGGUUAGCACAGUACCGCCAGCUCCUUAAUCAGUUAAAAUCUGGACAAGGAGAAUUGUUAGAAGAAGCUGUAGAAAUAUUGAAAGCUGCUGAAAACAACCAAUCGCUUUACAAUCUGGACAAUGUUGAAUUUGAUAAAAAGAGCCGAAAGAGGCCAUCCGCUGUUUUACCUGAUGAGCAGAUAAAAACUGGCAAGAGAAACUUUGUUGAAACUGUUCAGGAUGAAAAACUAAUUGAACAGACAGAGGAUGAAAAUUUUGAGGUGAAUGAAAACGCUGACGAGACUGAGAACCAGGGUACCGAAGUUAUGUUUGAAGAUGUUGAUGGCAAGCGAGCCAUUACUCGCCAAAUUGCAAAGAAUAAGGGACUGACCCCGCACCGUCGGAAGGAUCUACGCAACCCAAGACUUAAACUCAGGAACAAGUAUCGCAAGGCUAAAAUUCGAAGAAAGGGAGCGGUGAGAGAAGUCAGAAAGGAGGAGACACGCUAUAGUGGAGAGACCUUUGGAAUCAAUGCUCGCGUUAAGAAGAGCAUUAAGUUGAAGUGAAAGUAAAAAUUAACAAUCAUUCAAAGAAAACAUGUACAAAAUAAAUUCUAACUUGAGUUUUGGAUGUAAUAUCACAUUUGAGACAUGCGCAAUAAUAUUUCUCAUAGCACAUGUAUGAAAUAUACCGAAAUUAAUUAAUUGGUUGUAUACAGGUCUUGAUUGGAAAUAUUUAAUGAAGACGAAAAGUGCGAUAAAAAAUAAUUGUUAAACAAAUAUUUUUAUUCGUUACGCAACGUUGUGUAUGAAAUAAUGACACCUACACACUAGCAGACUUACAGAGAAAUAAACAUAACCUUCAAUUAA